CAUCGUGCUUUUUAGUCUAUACAAGUGAUUCUCUAGGGCAAACUCUCAUUGUGCAACACCAAUUUUCAGAAUUUUCUUAUCAAAUUCACGAAGACAAAAUUGGAUUAAGCAUUUGAUUUGGAUAAUUAGUUCUAUUUAAAGAGUACAAUUGGAUUUGGAAAUCACUUUUUUGCGAAAAGAACAUUGUGGGUCAUCAUCAUUCCUAUGGCUCCAGAAAAAUGUUGGAUGGAGAUUGAUAACCGUACAGAUCCAAUCUAUAUUCGAGGAGUGGAUGAUUUUUUAUUUUAUGCAUUUAAUCAUGCUUCUAAUGAAAAAGUUAUUCGAUGUCCAUGUAUAAAGUGCAGAAAUGUCAACUAUAGGGAGAAUUAUGAAGUUAGGUAUCACUUGUUAAAGUAUGGAAUUGUUAAAACUUAUACUCAGUGGUAUUUACAUGGCGAGUCCUCAAAUGAAGCCACAGAUAUCAAUGAUGAGCCAAAUCUAAACGAUGAUUCUUUCUUUGAUGAUGAGAUGAUUAGAUUGGUAGAAGAUAUUCAUGUUCCUUCUAACCUCAACAAUAAUGGAGAACAUGGUUCCAAUUCUUCAAGUUCUAAUAGAGUAGCUAAUGAAGAAGAGCCUGAAAGAUAUGCUGCAAAUUUUUACAAUUUGCUAAGGGAAGCGAAAAAGAAGUUGCAUUCAGAAUGUGAGCUAUCGAUAUUGGCGGUUGUAGUUAAGUUGCUUCAUUUAAAGAGUUUUCAUAGAUGGACUAACAAAUCUUUCGAUGAGUUAGUUAAGUUAUUGAGGGAGAUUAUUCCUAAUGCAAAACAGACUAUACCAGAGUCGUACAUUAGUGCUCGCAAAUACAUUAGUGCUCUAGGCCUUAAUUAUGAGAAGUAUGAUGUUUGCUUGAAUCAUUGUACCUUAUAUUGGGGAUCAUUUUCUAAUGCAACUUCUUGUGGAGUAUGCGGAUUAUCAAGAUGGAAGUCAUCUGAAGGGGGAGAUAACAGUAAACGAAUCCCGCAUAAAGUGCUUAGGUAUUUUCCUUUAAAACCUAGACUGCAGAGAUUAUUUAUGUCUAGUCAGAUUGCCUCAAAUAUGUCUUGGCAUAAAAAUAAACGGUAUGAUGAUGGUGACAAGGAGAUAAUGCGACAUCCAUCAGAUAGCCUUGCUUGGAAAAAUUUUGAUGAGUUACACAGGUCAUUUGCAAGUGAUGCUCGUAAUGUAAGGUUAGGUUUAGCUACCGACGGUUUUCAGCCUUUUGGGAAUUUGAGCUCUCAACAUAGCAUUUGGCCUGUUAUCGUAAUACCUUAUAAUUUGCCUCCUUGGAUGUGUUUGAAGCAAUCUAAUAUGAUCAUGUCAAUGAUCAUACCCGGACCACAUAGUCCGGGAAUGGGAAUAGAUAUCUUUCUACAACCUUUAAUAUCUGAGCUUAAGGAAUUAUGGGAGGUUGGUGUAGACACUUAUGACGCACAUAGCAAGAAAAAUUUCAAAUUACAUACUUAUCAGGGUGGUCAACUAAAGGUUACAAAGCUUGUUAGAGGAUUAUAUAAAGGUGUUGAUUUGGACAAACUUACAAAUGACAAAAAGGACAAGUUAACUGUUUUCAUACCUCCUGGAAAAUACUUUUCUCCAAUUGGUAAGCAUGAAAGAAAAUUAGCUUCAUGGUUGGGUUAUUGUGCUAGAUCUGUUGGGCCGCCAAUUGAGUCAUGGAGAAAUAUUGAAAAGACUAAGGGGCUUUUAUUAUUUAAAAUGGUGAAGGACUAUUUUGAUGUUAGUCCUGAAAGCCCUGCAAAAUGGAAGAAACUUGAAGAAAAAGGUGAUGUGAGACCUGACACACCAGAAAUGAAGCAAGCAAAAUUUGAAAUGUAUUGCUUUUAUAAAAUGGGAAUAUUAUACCGCAAGUGGAAGCAUAAGCUACAUGUGAAGUACAUGAUGUAUACGAACGACGAGGAUCGACUGAAAAAUGUUCCUCAAGGGCUGUCUUCUGGUGGGUGGAAGUCCAUGUUUGACGUGUUUCGUCAACAAGAAUUUCUGGAAACAAGUAAAAAGAAUUCAUUUAAUCGUUCUAGACAAAGGAUUGUAGCAUCUACUGGUCCAACUCCUUUUGUUCAAGUUGAGUAUGAUAUGAUGGAUGAAGAAAUUGGUGUACCACCUAUUUCUGAAGUUUGGAUGGCUACACAUACAUUUGUGAAUGAAAAUGGUGCACAAGAUUUUCAUGAUCCAGAGUCAUCAAGGAUAUAUGAAGAAAUGCAAAGAAUUGAAAACCAGCCAAGAAAUGAUGAUGAACCGGUUCCUAAUCCGGAUGACGUCUUAGAGGAGGUGUGCGGAACAAAAUCGGGUUAUGUUCGUGGUAGAGGUUUAGGGUACAAAGCACGUAAAAAAGGUAUGGCUAUAGCAACUGCUAGUAAUGAUGAGGUUGUAGAAUUGAGGCGUUGCGUAGCAGAAAUGACUACUCGUAUACAGUUGCAAGAACAACUCCAUAAAGAAUUCUUGGAAAGACUCGAUAGCAUGCAUAAUGGUUUCCAAUUUUCAAAUAGUCAAGUUGAUUCAGAUAAAGCGUGAUUGGAUCAAGACAUAUGGUCAAUUUGGUUAAAGACAGUGUAAAAGUUAACUACACUUCAUUCUUAUUGUUUAUUGUUUUAGUACAACUACUUUUUCAUUUGAAUACAUUUUAGUUUGUUUUUUUAUAU